AUGCACAUUCUGAAUGACCGGAACAUUGUGUCGACCCUGACGGGUCUGACCAGAACGCAGUGCGGCCAGCUUCUCGAUGCACUCUCCAAGGCUCUCAUUGACUACUCAAACGGCCGGCACGCAACGCAACCCGCGAUCCACCAGCCGCUUCGCCAAUCGUUUACGACGGCCCCGGGCCACACGACGCUGUUCAUGCCAGCAUCAAACACGGCGAGCACAGGCAUCAAGAUCGUGACGCUCCCCGGCAAUGGUGGGGCACCGCGGGGGUCCAUCAAUAUCUUCUCACCUGAGGGCGACCUCAUUGGCCUGUUGAACGCAGAAGAAGUAACAGCUUUCAGGACGGCACUCGCAUCUAUGAUACCAUUCUUGAAGUGUCCGUUCCCCAAGUCACAUAUCCUGGUCUUCGGCGCUGGAAAACAAGCCGAAUGGCACGUGAGGCUAUCUUUACUGCUAGCCGGGGAGUCGGUUCGGGGGAUCAAGAUAUUCAACCGACGGUCGGCGACUUUGGCAGAAUUAAGGAAGAGAUUAGAAAGCGUCCAGCAAAUGCAUCCCACCGUGAAUAUCGACUUUGUUGGGAAGGACACAACACCGGACUACGAGAGCGUAUUGCAGCAAGCACUCGCCGACGCAGAUGCCAUCAUGUGCUGCACGCCUUCCACAUCACCACUGUUCCCCAGCUCAUACUUGACUGCGAGGCCCAAGCAGAGAUUUAUCUCACUCAUUGGCUCGUACAAACCGGAAAUGCAGGAGGUGGAUGCCGAGACCCUCACAUCGGGCACACGGAUCUUCGUCGAUUCGAGGGAAGCUUGCUUGGAGGAAGCAGGGGAGCUCAUCAAGGCUCAGAUUUCGGGCGAUCUGCUUGUUGAGCUGGGAGAGAUGCUGGUGGAGCAUAAUAUCAGUAAUGUGGACGGCAAUCUGGUUUACAAAUGCGUCGGGAUGGGCAUCAUGGAUAUCGUUGUCGGUUCACAGUUGCUGCAGAUUGCGAAGGAAAUCGGAGUCGGCCAGGUCGUUGAAGACUUCUGA